AACGUCACCGCUCUGGGCCAGCCCACGGCGCUGUGGAGCAGAGCUAGCGGCUAACAUGCUAAAGUAGUUAGCCUUUUCACCUUAUUUGGACCCUUUCGUCCAAAUAACGUUUAAAAUAAGACGGAGACAGGCUGUAAAAAGUGACCGAUUCCGCUUUAGACUGAAUAUAAAGCAGCCCGGCCUUGGAAAUUUCGGACAGAUGUGGAAAUUGGAGGUUUUUGGGGUGAAUGUUUGGUAUUUUGGGGAGUUUGGACGCUAGCGCUGUUAGCUUAGCAUAGCUUAUAAACUUCGAUCUGCGGUUUUAACAGUUAGCUUACGUUUGUGUUUCUUUAACCAGCUAACUAGUUAGCUGAUAUUUUUAAUGUUCAACAGCUCGGCCUUUUAUUAAUCUAUAUAUCCUGCUAAAGGACAAUAAGUUGCUUACUUUUCGACUUAAUAAUCAAAAGAACGAGUUCUCAUCGAGCUUUAAACAGCACUUGUUGGUCGCUGCUAAGCUAAGCUAGCUAGCUACUACUUGGGUAAGCUAGCUAGCUAGCUUGGCUAGCUCUGGAGCUAAAUGCUUCUCCCGAGAAUGGACCUUCUGAGCCACCAACUUAUGGAUAAAAUGAACAACAACAUCGGAAGACUUCACUACGACUCGUACGAUGACGACUCGGGGGACUCCAGGAUGCACGCUCUGUCCUCUUCAGUGGGAAGCAGCAGGACAGGGACACCUGUUAGUCCAGUUAAAAGAAAGUAUGAUGAUGAACAAGUGGGAAGCAGCCAUGACUACGAUAACGAACAAAUGACAAAAAUGAGUCGCCUUCUUACGUCUCAUCUGGGAGCUCCUUCCAAUGGUGACAGCAGGCAAGAGGCUUGGAAUCAUUGCCACAACCCUUUCGAGCACGCUUCCUCCGCCAUCAGCGGCCUCCAUUUAAACCACCUGUAUCCUCCCUUUCCCGUCUUUGCCAUGGAGCAGCCGCUUGCUUUGACCAAAAACAGCAUGGACACGGCAAGAUCCGCUCUUCUCUCUCCUGUGGGUCCUGCAGAGCGCCAGCAGAAUCGUCCGUCUGUGAUCACCUGUGCCCCUGCAAGCAACCGCACCUGCAACCUCUCAAACUGCCACAUGUCUCCGAACACCUGCAACUCUGGGGUGACCAACAUGAAGAGCAAGCCCAACGCUAACACUGUCUGUGACCCUGUGAUAGAAGAGCAUUUCCGCCGCAGCCUAGGCGACAUCUACAAGGAGCCAGAGCCGGCCUCUAACUCCGUGUCCAUCACGGGAUCAGUGGAUGAUCACUUUGCUCAGGCGCUGGGCGAGACCUGGCUGCAGAUCAAGGCGAAGGGCAGCGGCUCCAGAUCUCCUGAGUCGUCUUCAUAAAGGCCAAGUCAUCCCCAAAGAAGGUUUCUCCUGUGUUAAGGCUUUUUUAUAGCAAGUCCAGGUGUUUUUUUGUUUUUUUUGGUGCAUUAUCAAAAAAUUACACUUCCACUUUUUGUUAUUUUGUUAUUGUUGCUUUUCUUUUUCUUUUCUAAAAUGUUUGAGCGUUGUUUGACUAUUGUAGUUGGCUUUUCAUUUGUUUAAACCUUUUAAACACAUUUCCCUUCUACUUUGCUCACACGAUCUGCCAACAAAGACUGUUAUGACUGUUAAGAGAAAUAUAAAGCCUAAAUGAGUCCCCAGAUUCGGGUCUUUGGUUCUCAGUCCUGAUCCUGGAGUAUCCUUUUAAUCAAAGCC